AUGGAGAAGAAGGUGGCUUUGGUAUUAUCAUUGAUGUUGCUUGUGUCUAUGGUGUCAGUGUUGGUUUCUGCUGAGGAAGCACCAACGGUUGGACAAAGGAUAGAUACAGCUGUGAACGACGUUACCAAGUUCUUCAAUGAACAUGCCGGUCCUGCCGUGGACACCAUCUCCUCCACUGCCAAAUCUGUCUUUAACUGGUUUGGUGAUAAAGCUAAGGAAUGGGGCCUCUAA